UGUCAUGCAUCCCUAAGAAUUGAAGAAAUUGUUUAUUAUUUUCGGCAAGCAAAUGCUGGCAACAUGGUAAAUGUUAUGAAAGGAGUGCUGGUGGAGUGUGAUCCUGCUAUGAAACAAUUCCUGCUGCACUUGGACGAGAAACUGGCUCUGGGUCGCAAAUUCAUUAUCCAGGAUCUGGACGAAAACCAUUUGUUUAUCUCCACGGACAUUGUGGAAGUGCUGCAGGCGCGAGUGGACGAUUUGAUGGAUCGGAUAAGCUUUCCGUUGCACGACAAGGACGCCUAAAAAAAUCAACCACAAAAACUAAUAGUCAAAAGUAGAAGCCCAAAACAACCAUGACAGGUCGAGAAUCUAACCGCAUCAAGGACGCUGAGAAGAAGCGUGUCCUCGACUCCACAUCCCGCCAGAGGCGAGCGCGCAAAGCCUUGGAGGCCCUGGAACAGGACAAUUUCCACGAUGACCCACACGCAGACCUCGUCAUGUCGAAGAAGUUGCCCAAAUUCCAGGACAACCUGAAGACUGCCAAGGAGAAGAAAGGCAAGCGCAAGGGCGCCGAAUACUUUCGCGCUAAGUAUCGCAAGAACUUCCAGCAGCUGCUCGAGGAGGAUAAGGACAAGCAGCCCAACUACGAGAGCGCCGCGGCGCCGGCUCCGCAAAAGCCUUUGCGGCAUUUCUGCGCCGUUUGCGGCAACUUCUCUUUGUACUCGUGCACCGCCUGCGGGACGCGAUACUGCAGCGUUAGGUGCCUGAAUACGCACCAGGACACGCGAUGCCUCAAGUGGACCGCCUGAACAUGGUUGUUAUGUUUACAAAUAAAUCAAACAUUAGACAUAAAUGAA